AUGGCCAACAACUAUCUCAUCAAGAACGGAACAGUGGUGUCCGUCGACAAGGAGAUUGGUGUACAGCACAAUUGCAACAUUCUCGUUCAAGACGGGAUCAUCAAAGCUAUCGGCAGCGACAUACAGAGCCCGGACAACAUUGAGACCAUCGAUGCAACAGACCAUAUCGUUUCUCCUGGUUUCGUAGAUACCCAUCGUCAUGCCUGGCAGACGCAGCUGAAGAACAUUACUUCGGACGCCCUCCUUCCAGAGUACUUCCUCAACAUCAGAAACAUCUAUGGCUCCUGCUACACACCCGAGGAUGCUUAUCUUGGAAACUUACUGGGCGGUUUGGAGUCGAUCGAAGCUGGCAUCACUUCGCUUGUGGACCAUUGUCACCUCAUCAAUAGUCCGUCCCACGCCGACAAGCUGGUCGAAGGCCUCCGAGACGCACGCAUCCGUGCCACAUGGUGCUACGGUCUCUACCGCAAUCAGAAGUGGACCGGUGUUGCGAAUGGAACAGUCCAGGACGAAACGGAACCCGACUGGCGGCUUGAAGAUGCCAAACGAAUCAAACAGCAAUAUUUCAGCUCAUCAACCCAGACAAGUCUUCUCCGCUUCGGCUUCGCCCCAGCAGAGAUUGAACGCUAUGACCUUGCCACCUCCAUCGCACAGUUUCAGUACGGCCGCGAGCUCGGUGCUGCACUGAUCACAGGGCACAUAUCACUAGGCAAGCUAGAUCGUGGCGUGCACUUCAUCCGCCAGCUGGAGAGCCAGAAGUUACUAGGUCCCGAUCUACUCUUCAGCCACGGCGCCUCGCUGCAGCCUGAUGAGCUGGACGCAUGA